AUGGAGGAGCACCACAAACCCCACCCCUCCGCCGUCUUCGAAGGCUACUACUCAAAAUUCAACCUCCCCUCGGGAGCACACCUAGCCCUCGUAGCCUGCAGCAUCCCAAACGCCCCCMAAAAACCCCACAUGCUCUCCAUCACCUACGUCCCCGCGACCAUAACCUCCACAACACCAAUCUUCCAACGAGAAAUCUGGCCCAAAGAAAUCUCCAUGCAUCCCAACCCGAACAACACAGGUUUCCACAUCCUAAUCCCAGGAAUAGGCUCCAUAAUCUACUCCCCAAACAACACAACCACCUACGAAAUCUCCCAUCCAGAAUUCUCCUUUUCAGCAACCACCACGACUCGCACCCCUUGGUCCCACACGUCUGCAAAUAGCACCCCGGAAAAUCUCCUCGUACAUCUCCCCCUCCCGCUCCACUGGCACGUCCACUCCCYCUCUUCGAAAUGUACUUUUACCCUCUCCAUCCCCUCCCUCCUCCUGUCCUCCUUUCCUUUAGAAGAUGAAUCCGGCACAGCAACCCUCCACGACGAGAAAAACUGGGCAAAUUCCUUUCCCUCAGCACACAUCUGGCUCCAAGCCCGCGAUGAAAAUCACCCGAAUAGAGGAUUCUGCUGUGCGGGAGGUAAAAUUCUAGGGAUGGAAGCCUUUUUACUCGGCUACCGCAGUAGUGACAACAACAACAACAACAACCAUAACAACAACAACAAAAAGGAAAAGAACUUCUCCCUAGAUUUCCGCCCCCCCUUCGCCCUACGAAUAGCAAACUGGAGUCCCUUCCUCUCCUACACAACCGACUGGAAAACCCGAACAUUCACCCUCCGCGUGCAAAAUUUCCGCCAAAAAUUACUCGUAAAAGCUCAAGCGCCUGUGGGAAGUUUCUUCUCUUUGAGUUCGCCAUUUGAAGGGGGACAUUUGGAGAAUUUUCUCGGACAGAGUUUUGCUGCUAGGAUUUCCGUGGAAGUUUUUGAACGGAGUAGUAGUAGUUGGUGGGGGUUGUUUUUAUUUGGGGGGCAGUGGAGGAGUGUGAGGAGGGAUGUUUUUCAGGAGGGGAGUUUGGAGUUUGGUGGGGGGUUUUAUCCGCCUGCUGGUAGUGAGGGGAGGUUUCAUUGA